CUCUACUGCUCCAGCCAUGGGGUCCUCCUCUUCCACAUCCUCUAAUAGAAAGGGUUGCGAUUUGGCCUCCAGCUUUGACAACUUUUUUAAGAACUUCAAGGUGGAAAGCAAAAUCCUCUCUCAGGAAACCGUCACAUUGAUUCAAUCAUGCCUGAAGGAGGGGGACCUUCAGAGAGCAGUUUCUGCAAUUAGUGAUGCAUUGAGAGACAUUGACAAUGCCACACUGAGCAUUGCUGUGACUGGGGAGUCUGGGACAGGGAAGUCCAGCUUCAUCAAUGCCUUGCGGGGUUUGGAGCAUGAAGAAGAAGGGGCUGCCCCCACUGGGGAACUGGAAACAACUUUUGAGAGAACCAAAUAUGAACACAAGAAGUUUCCCAAUGUGACAUUAUGGGACCUGCCAGGCAUAGGGACCACUAACUUUCAGCCUCAGAAGUAUCUGGAGAAAAUGAAAUUUGGUGAGUAUGACUUCUUUAUUAUCAUCUCUUCUACACGCUUCAAAAGCAAUGAUGCACAUCUAGCAAAGGCAAUUAGAAAAAUGAACAAGAAUUUCUACUUUGUCCGAUCUAAAGUGGACAGUGAUUUAUAUAAUCUAAAAAGGAGUAAACCCAACACAUUCAAUAAGGAUGAAAUCCUGCAAAGGAUCCGCAAUGACUGUGUGACUCAGUUGCAGAAUGCCAAAGUGAGAGACCCUCAGGUCUUCUUAGUCUCCAACCUCGAGUUGUCUGACUAUGAUUUCCAAAGCCUGGAGACCACCCUUCUGAGGGACCUCCCAGCCCACAAGCGCCACAUCUUCAUGCAAUACCUGCCAAAUAUUACUGAGGCCGCCAUUGACCAGAAGAGGGAUUCCCUGAGACAGAAGGUCUGGUUGGAGGCCCUGAAGGCUGGAGCAUCAGCCACCAUCCCUUUCAUGGGCUUGAUCAGUGAUAAUGAUGUGGAGAAGCUGGAGGAGACCUUAACCCUCUACAGGUCUUACUUUGGGCUGGAUGAUGCAUCCCUGGAAACCAUGGCCAAGGACUUUAACAUGUCAUUGGAGAAACUCAAGGCAUACCUUAGUUCUCCCCACUUGCUAUCAAUUGAAAAGGAUGAUGAAUCGUUAGGAGAAAAACUGUUAAGGUAUGUGGAAAAAUUCUGCUCUGUUAAUGGAGGACUCAUUGCCACUGGUCUUUACUUUAGGAAGAUUUUCUACUUGCAAAACUAUUUCCUUGAGACUGUGGUGAGUGACGCAAAAGUUUUUUUUAAAAAAGAAGAGAUUUUUAAGGACCUUGUGGGCUCUGGGCAAACCUAUCCACUUCAUAAUGUAGGGAAUGAAAAUGGGAAAAGUGAGGCAGCCAGCUCCUGAAUUAUUCUCAGUGUUGGUAUGGCAUUGGUGCCUAGAAAAUUGAGUUAGGACUUCCCUUGAAACAAUACUGACCCACUGCCCUCAAGGUGUUUCACAGACAUUUCCAUAAUUCACUCUUGAACAAACCAUGAAUUUAAUGACUGUUACUUAACAGUGAAAGCAAUCAGCUCUAAAGAAUCCUUUGAUAUGAUCCUUCCUAGGAAAAUAAAGGACAAGAAUCGAGUUUUCUGCUCAUGGGAGAGAAUAACACUUUGUGUCAUUGUUACUGUAUAGCCAGCACUGGUCUUUCUACUGACAUAGUAGUAAAAAAAUCUACUGUUUACACAGUAGAUCCUCAAAACUGAUUUUUAAAUAAAUGGAUACAUAGUCUA